GGAGUAGUGAUUCUGACACUAGUAGUGGAGUAGUGAUUUUGGUGAUAGGAUGGCUGAUCAGACGUCGGUGUUGGCGCUCGUGAUCCUGGCAGUCGGAGUCACUGUGCAUUUCUCGCUGCACAAGGUCGAAGAGGGCCACGUCGGAGUCUAUUACCGGGGGGGCGCUCUGUUGCCAGUGACGAGUCAGCCGGGGUUCCACAUGAUGAUCCCCCUACUCACAUCGUACAAAGCCAUACAGACUACUCUGCAGACUGAUGAGGUGAAAAAUGUCCCCUGUGGAACCAGUGGGGGUGUGAUGAUCUACUUCGAAAGGAUUGAGGUUGUCAAUAUGCUGGAACCAAAUACAGUUCUGGACGUAGUGCGCAACUUCACCGCCGACUACGACAAAACGCUCAUCUUCAACAAGGUGCACCACGAGCUGAACCAGUUCUGCAGCGCACACAGCCUGCAUGAGGUCUACAUCGACCUUUUUGACCAGAUUGACGAGAACCUCAGGACGGCUCUCCAAAAAGACCUGAACGAAAUGGCCCCAGGGCUGCGCGUGCAGGCAGUGCGCGUCACCAAACCAAAGAUCCCUGAGGCCAUCCGCAAGAACUACGAGCUCAUGGAGGCCGAGAAGUCGAAGCUCCUCAUUGCAGCCCAACAUCAGAAGGUUGUAGAAAAAGAAGCAGAGACGGCUCGGCGCAAGGCGGUCAUCGAGGCUGAGAAAGAGGCACAGGUAGCAAAGAUCCAAUAUGAACAGAAAAUCAUGGAAAAGGAAUCUCUACAGAAGAUAGAACUCAUUGAGGAUAGCAUCCACAAAGCCAAGCAGCAGACCAAAGCGGAGGCCGAAUUCUACAAUCUUAAGAAACAGGCGGAGGCCAAUAAACAACUACUGACCAAAGAGUACUUGGAGUUGAAGAGAUAUGAAGCACUUGCUAUUAACAACAAGAUAUACUUUGGCAAUGAUAUUCCAAGCAUGUUCUUACAGGCUAAUGUUGGUGACAAUGUUCCAAUUCCCACCCCAAAAAGUGUUCAAGUGCAAUGAGUAAUAGUCACUCUGUCAAAACAACUAGUCAGACAGUAAGUCAUACAGGGAGCAAAUGUUUUGACAAGGAAUUAAAGGCUCUAAAUAAUUUCGAGCACCACAUGUCUAAUUGGAGUGUUGGGCUAUUUUUGGAGAUCAUGUGAUAAUUUUGUAUCAUUAGGAAUAGUUUUACAUAGGCCCGUUUCUGUGUUUUAUAGAAAUAAGAUGUAGAUGUGUAACAGGCUUUUACAUAUUGUUUUUUGACUGAAUAAUUACAUGGUUCCAACUUAAGUACAUAGCUUUUGUAUGUAGUUACUUAACACCUGGUUAAAAUAAAACUAUGAAUGUUAGAAAAA